GCAGGAGCCCAUGGCCAGGCUGUGACCCAGGACGUGCGAGUGUGUCCCGCACCACUGUCCCGGCCCAGCUGGCAGCCGGCAGGACGCAGGGGCAGGGGUGUCCCCUUCCUGGCAGGAAAGGGGCUGAGCCGGCGGCUGCAGGUUUCCUGUAGGCUCAGGCUCUGAGGGCGUCAGGAGCCAGAGCAGCCUGAGCAGCACCACGCGGGCCCAUGGCAGGUUGAUGAAGAGGGAGUGCUGUGACCCCGUGCCCGUGCCAGUCUUUUCAGGGCCCCCGGUGCCGGUGCCGGCCGCCCCGCCGCGCCGCACGGAGCAUGCCUCUGAGCCCCGCCGGCAGCAAGCAUGAGAGCCCGGAGUCGCCGCCGCCAGAGCCGCCGCCGCCGCCGGAGCGACAGCCCCGCGCCGCCGCCGGGGAGCCGGGCGCCGGCCUGCGGGAGGAGACGCGGCUCGACCCGGCCCGGGGCCCCGGCGGGCCCCGCUCCCCCAAGCUGGCGGCCCCGGCGCGCAUGGAGGAGCCCGCGCCCGGCGCCAUCGUCGUCCGCAUCGGCAUCCCCGACCUCCAGCAGACGAAGUGUCUGCGGUUGAAUCCAGAUGUUCCUGUGUGGGUCUCCAAGCAGCGCAUUCUGUGCACUCUCAACCACAGCCUGAAGGAUGUUCUCAACUAUGGGCUCUUCCAGCCAGCCUUCAACGGCAGGGCUGGGAAGUUCCUGGAUGAGGAGCGUCUACUGCGGGAGUACCCCCUGAAUCCAGACACUCCUGUCCCCUACCUGGAGUUCCGGUACAAAAGGCGCGUGUACACCCAGACUUUGCUGGAUGACAAGCAGUUUGCCAAACUCCAUACAAAGGCAAAUCUGAAGAAGUUCAUGGAGUACGUGCAAAUGCUGAAUGCGGAGAAGGUCUGCAGACUGCUGGAGAAGGGACUGGACCCCAACUUCCAUGACCCGGAUACUGGAGAGUGUCCCCUGACUGCAGCGGCUCAGCUGGAACUUGGUGCCGAGAUGAUCAAAGCACUGCGCAAUGGGGGAGCACACCUGGAUUUCCGGACACGGGAGGGAAUGACAGCUCUUCACAAGGCUGUGCGGUGCCGCAACCAUGCGGCGCUGUUGACGCUGCUGGACCUGGGUGCCUCCCCAGACUACAAGGACAGCCGAGGGCUGACGCCCCUGUACCACAGCGCCAUGGUCGGGGGGGAUCCCUACUGCUGUGAGCUCCUGCUGCACGACUACGCCCGGCUGGGCUGCGUGGAUGAGAACGGCUGGCAGGAGAUCCACCAGGCAUGUCGCUACGGCCAUGUUCAGCACCUGGAGCAUCUUCUCUUCUACGGAGCUGAUAUGACUGCACAGAAUGCCUCAGGAAAUACCGCUCUUCAUAUUUGUGCUCUCUAUAAUCAGGAGAGCUGUGCUCGGGUUCUCCUCUUCCGUGGUGCGAGCAAAGAGAUUCGCAACUACAACAGCCAGACGGCAUUCCAGGUGGCCAUCAUUGCAGGAAAUUUUGAAUUGGCUGAAAUCAUCAAAACCCACAAAGAGUCCGAUGUUGUGCCUUUCAGAGAAACUCCCAGCUAUACAAAGCGGCGACGGAUCCUCGGUGCUGGCGGCCUCUCUUCACCGCGCAUGCUGCAGCGCUCGGCCAGCGACAACAACCUGAAGGCGGAGAGCCGGGCGUCCUACUCACCGGUGCCCUCGCUGCGCAGCCUGCCUCCCCAGCUGCUGGUGCAGAUGCAGGAGGCUGCAGCAGGGGCCGGCGGUGGGGACGGCAGCCUGGCCAGUUCCAGCAGCACCCGCAGCGCUCACAGCCGCUCCCCAUCCCUGCAGCGCGUGCAGGAGGAGAAGGAGGCCGACCUGCCCACGCUCCGGAGGAGCAGCCGUGGCAAGGCCAGCCCCGGCGGCCCGGCGGGGCCCCCCGGGCCCGGCCCCGGCCCCGAGCCCGCGCCGCACGCCGCGCCCGCCCCGCUGCGCGGGCCCAAGCGGAAGCUGUACAGCGCCGUGCCCGGCCGCAAGUUCAUCGUGGUGAAGAGCUACGCGCCGCAGGGCGACGGCGAGAUCCAGCUCAACCGGGGCGAAGCCGUCAAGGUGCUGAGUAUUGGCGAAGGUGGCUUUUGGGAAGGAACCGUGAAAGGAAGGACUGGCUGGUUCCCAGCAGAAUGUGUUGAGGAGGUGCAGAUGCGACAGUAUGAUCCACGGCAAGAAACCAGAGAAGACAGGACAAAGCGUCUCUUCCGACAUUAUACUGUGGGCUCUUACGACAAUUUCACCUCUCACAGUGACUACAUCAUUGAGGAGAAGACGGCCGUGCUGCAGAAGAGGGAGCAUGAGGGAUUCGGGUUUGUGUUGCGAGGGGCCAAAGCUGAAACCCCAAUUGAGGAGUUCACCCCAACCCCAGCCUUCCCAGCGCUCCAGUACCUGGAAUCAGUGGAUGUGGAAGGCGUUGCGUGGAGAGCAGGGCUUCGCACAGGAGACUUUCUGAUUGAGGUGAAUGGUGUGAACGUGGUGAAGGUGGGGCACAAGCAGGUGGUCUCGCUCAUCCGGCAAGGGGGGAAUCACCUGGUGAUGAAAGUUGUUUCCGUCAGCCGCAAGCCAGAGUCAGAAGAAGUUGUUCGGAAGAAGGCUCCGCCGCCUCCCAAGAGAGCGCCCAGCACCACCCUGACGCUGCGGUCCAAGUCCAUGACAGCCGAGCUGGAGGAGCUGGCCUCCAUGCGGAGAAGAAAAGGGGAGAAACUGGAUGAGAUUUUGGCAGCAGCCGAGCCCUCGCUGAGAGCAGACAUUGUCGAAGCAGAUUCUAGGGCAGCCACUGUGAAGCAGCGACCAACAAGCCGGCGCAUCACGCCAGCAGAAAUCAGUUCACUCUUUGAACGCCAGGGUAUGGCAGCACAUUCGGGGGUCCUUGCGGGAGCUGAGAAGCCCCACGUUUCACUACGCAAAGGAAUUCCGCGGACAAAAUCUGUAGGUGAAGACGAGAAACUUGCUGCUUCUUUGCUAGAUGGGAAGUUUCCCCGGAGCACAUCGAUGCAAGACACUGUUAGGGAAGGGCAUGGGAUUCCACCACCACCUCAAACAGCCCCACCCCCGCCUCCUUCUCCAUAUUACUUCGACACAGGCCCCCCGCCAUCCUUCUCACCACCUCCACCCCCAGGAAGAGCUUAUGAUACCAUAAGAUCAAGCUUUAAGCCAAGCCUGGAGGCUAAGCUCCACGGACUCCCACAGGUCAUUAGCGCAGCUGAGAUGUACGAUCAGGCGAGGACUUCCAUUCCUUAUCCUGAAAGGCAGAAGAGGGCCCGAUCCAUGAUAAUCCUACAGGAUUCCUCUCAUCUUCCUGUGGAGCCAACAGAGAUCCCCCGGCCUGGCCCAUCCGCAACCCCUCCAGAGAAGCUGAAGAGGAAGGGGAGAGUGAUUGACAACCCGUAUGCCAACAUGGGUCAGUUCAACGUCAGCCUGUUUGCUCCCACCAAGCCACAGAGGAAGAAGAGUCCUCUCGUUAAGCAGUUACAAGUAGAGGAUGCACAGGAGAGAGCAGCACUGUCCAUCACUGGAGGCUUUACCAGGGAGCCCUCUCCCACGCGCAGGAGCCAUCGCCUGAGUGGCGUGGAGUAUCAGCACCACACGGGCAUUGCUCAGGUCGAAGCCACAAGCAUCCCCUUUGCCACUGCCAUUGCUGGAGUCAUGAAGGACAGAGACCGGCGUCUGGACGAGAAGCGGAAAUCCACUGUCUUCCUCUCAGUUGGGGCCAUCGAAGGAAGCCCCCCCAGCAGUGACAUGCCAUCCUUACAGCAGUCCAGGUCUAUCGAUGAGCGGUUGUUAGGAAGCCGAGAUGUACUACUGCCUUCCCCUGUCUCAGCUUUAAAGCCAUUAAUUAGCAGCUCAUCCUCAACGUUCAUCCACCCCCUCACAGGAAAGCCCUUGGAUCCAAACUCACCACUGGCACUUGCGCUGGCCGCAAGGGAACGGGCCCUCUCAACUCAAGUCCCAUCCCGGUCGCCCACCCCGAUCCACAGCCCAGACUCAGACAGAGCAGCACCCCUGUUUGUGGACAUCCAAACCAAAGAACCAGAGAGGGGGGAGUUGGAGAGUUUAGUGUCCCCUGCGUAUUCACCUGGAGGUAAAGGGGCAAUUGGAACGGACUCUGGGACUUUGGCCCCUGCUAAGACCCCGUGGGGGACUCCGUCCACACUGAGAAAAGAAACUGAGGCAAGAGCAGAAACACCUGUGAAGGAGGAGAAAAAACAAGAAGACAAGAAGUCCAUGAUUAUUAGUAUAGUGGAUACAUCACAGCAGAAGACUGCUGGCCUUAUCAUGGUUCACGCCACAAGUAAUGGCCAAGACGAGGUAGGACUUGAGGUAAAAGAGGAGAAGCCGGCUGUCCCUGAAGCAUGCACAGAGCCAGCAGAGUCUCCCAAAGCAGAGACCCAGCCCAGCCCCGUGGGGAAGCCUCCGGUCAGUCCAGCCUCUGACAAGACACUGGGACAAGGGAGUUCGGAGGAAGAAGUGGAGCCCUACACGGUUACCCUCCCACCAGCUCAGUUGUCUUCAAGCGAUGAAGAGACCAGGGAGGAGCUGGCCAAGAUAGGGCUGGUGCCUCCACCAGAUGAGUUUGCAAACGGGGUACUCGUCACCACCCCUGGCACACCAGUCAGCCACCUGGCUACGCCUAGCACGCCAUCCAUACCAGCGGCAGCAGUAGCACCUUCUACCACUGGCGGAACACCCUCAGGGAAGCCCUCUGAUGCCCCCGUAGCCCCAGAGUCUGCUGCAGACUCAGGAGUGGAAGAGGUGGACACCAGAAGUUCAAGUGACCAUCACCUGGAGACCACAAGCACCAUCUCUACGGUCUCCAGCAUGUCUACGUUGUCCUCAGAAAGCGGGGAGCCUACUGACACAUACACUUCCUUUGCGGAUGGACAAACUUUUAUACUCGAGAAGCCACCAGUGCCUCCAAAGCCAAAACUCAAGUCCCAGCUCAGCAAGGGGCCAGUUACUUUCAGGGACCCACUUUUGAAGCAGUCUUCGGACAGCGAGCUCAUCUCCCAGCAACAUGCGGCCACUCUGGCAUCAGCCAGCAUUGGCCGGCCACGCUACCUCUUUCAGAGAAGGUCCAAGCUAUGGGGGGACCCCAUGGAGAGCAGGCCGAUCCAUGGGGCUGACGAUGACAAGCCAACUGUGAUCAGUGAGCUAAGUUCCCGACUACAGCAACUGAAUAAGGAUACACGAUCACUGGGGGAGGAACCUGCCGGGUCCACCUUAGAUCCCGGGAAGAAGUCACCGGUGGUCGCGGCACGACUUUUCAGUAGUUUAGGAGAACUCAGCACCAUUUCCCAGCGGAGCUCCGGGACCACCUACACAGUUCGACCUGGCAGUCGCUACCCUGUAACCCGACGUACCCCCAGCCCCGUGAAGCCGGCUCUGGAUCGGACAGAGCCCCUCAGCACCGUGCGGCCCUAUGGUCUGACCCCUCCCACCAUCCUCAAAUCUUCCAGCCUCUCCAUCCCACACGAGCCCAAGGAGGUGCGUUUUGUGGUGAGGAGCGUGAGCGCCCGGAGCCGCUCCCCGUCCCCGUCCCCCUCUCCAGGGCCGCCCCUGCACACCCUCCACCCGCCAAGGCCCUUCAUGCAGAAACCCCUCCACCUGUGGAACAAGUACGACGUCGGGGACUGGCUGGAAAGCAUCAACUUGGUGGAGCACCGAGACAAGUUUGAGGACCAUGAAAUAGAGGGCACACACCUGCCCGCCCUCACCAAGGAGGACUUUGUGGAGUUGGGGGUGACACGGGUCGGGCACCGUAUGAACAUUGAGCGGGCACUCAAGCAGCUGGUAGACAGCUGACCGUCCUAGGCAGCGCUGGCCUCUUCCAGAGCCACCACACGGGGAGGGGGGGGGCGUUUCUACUAGACUAAUAAAACCCAGUUUGAUUCUCUUUCUACUCUGAGCACUGCACUGAAGGGCGCGGAGCCGAGGGGCUCCCGCCCGCUCACACACAGCCCGCGUGCCACGCACACGCAGACCCCGCUCAGCCCCACCAGGCCCGCGACGCCUUCGGGAAAAGGAAUGUUGCAUGAAAUACAUCCUCUUUUCUGUUCCUCCCAGAGAGUCUGGCCUGUAUAUCGCUUGAUGUGCUCUUCCCUGGGGCGUCGCUGGUGGCAGGAGGGGCCGAGGCGCCAGGUGCCGCCGCGCCGGGCUCCCCGCACGGGACCUGUGGCACGGCGACACCUGGCUGGGGGGGACUGUGCAGGGCCACCGUGCAGUCGAGGAACCAAACCUGUGCAGGGCAAGGGCUCCUGAGCAGCAGGCUCUGCAUGGGUUUUCCUGCGAGCCCAGCGCUGCUCGCAGGUCCCUUGUGCGGCAGGCAGGGAGGUGGCAGGCCAGACACGAGCUGCCCGAGAGGGUGCGUGUGGGGGGCACGGCAAGGCAGGGCCCCGGCAGCGCGGGCUGCUGGGGGAGGCAGGCAGGGCGCUGCGGGGGCAGGAGCAGGAUGGAGGCCCCGUGGGGCUGGGCGAGGAAGGGGGGCAGCAGGAGCAGGGCCCGUGGCAGGGCAGCCUCGCUGCGUGCCAGGAGAGCCGCGGUGACGGCCGCCCUGCUCCCACCCGCGCCCUGCUUCGGCCCUGCCGCGGCUCCUCCGGCAGACCCGGUGCAGGCAGGAGUGAGCCUUGCCUGUGCGGGUGAGAAGGGCGCCAAGCGUGAGAGAGCCUGGCUGUGGACUCUGCUCCCCUGCCUGGCUGCGCUUGGUUUGCCCUGGAGAGAGAGAGGGACCGAAACCGCAUGGAUAGAAGCAUGUUUGGGGGGUGUCGGAGGGAGGCUGGUGGGGAAUCCAGCAGAAAACGCUUUGCCAACGUUCAAAGGGGUGGGGGGUGGGGGGAGGUGUUUUAUUUCCUCUUGGUUUGGGGUCUUGUUUCCAAGGGGGACACAUUGAUGGAUAAUAUAUAAUCUCCGUGCAUUUAUAUAGAGAGCAGCUGAUGAUCUACAAGAGACGAUACUGAACUACAGGAUUCCCACUCCGUCUUAGUCAUCCUUAUUUUGCAUCUUUUUAAUCAGCUAUAUAUUUGAAAAGAGAGAACAAAUAUCUAUAUAUCUAUAUCUAUAGCUAUAGCCACCUGAUUUUGUUAUAAUUUUACUAAAUCUAUAUAUCUCUAGACUUGUUGAGAUGCUGAUGAGGUGGUGCCUGCACCCCUCCCCUGGGACGCCCAUGACUCAUGGGAGUUUUUAGUGACUGACUGAAUGAAUGUUAAAGUCUUUUUAAAAAAGAAAAAAAAAAAAACCAACAGCUCCUUUCAGACACUCUGGAUUUUAAAGAUUUAGAAACACAAAACUUGGUUUUUGGGACACACCAAGUCUUCCAUCCCCGCAGGCAGAGAUGCAUGGAGAGCUUCCACUACCCUGCAGCAACCCCGCGCCUCCGGCAGGCGCAGGGCUCCCGUGGCUUCAGGUCCUCCUCCCACCUCCAGCUCUGGGGGCGAUCGCCCACCCUCGGACCCCGUGCCCGCAGCGCACCGCGGCCGGCCAAGGGCUGCGCAGGCUGUGCCGUGCCCCGGAGCGAGCGCCGCGCUGGGAACCCCAGCCGGAGGCAAGCAAGGGGCAGCACUGGCAUUACACCCAGUGGCUGAGGAGGCUGGGGUGCCAUGGGGCGGCCCCAGAGCCGGAGGAGGCAGCAUCCCCGUCCCCCAGCCCGGUCCCUGUCCCCCACCCCGUGCGCUCCCCUCCGCACUGCACCCUCGACAGCAUCGCGCAUCCAGGCUCAGGGGUGGCCAGGGGCUCGCCCCGGCCAGCUCGGGAGGGGAUGGCUUGGUGACUGGUGUUCCCCAAAAGCUGAGUCCCCCAUGAAGGCAUUAACUCUUCUGGUGCUAGAGGGAAGGACAAGGAGGUUCCUUCUGACCCUCACACAUCUCCGAACCUUCACAACCUUCAGCCAGUGGAAAGGCACAGGCCAAGGGUUGGGGCUGCGGCCCCCUCCUGCGUGUGAGCACCAGGCUGAGGCCCUCUUCGGGACAGAUCCUGGCAGGCUGUGGUGCUGUCUCCUUUUCCCUGAGCUCUCUUGCUGGGCACGUGCCCAAAACGGCUCUAUUUAGAGCUCUCCAGAAACCGCUGAAUUCUGUGUAUUCACAGCACUUCUUCCCUCCCCAGGCAACAUCCCAGUGCUUGCAGCUGGGACAGUCGCAUGGGGAAGGCAAGAGGGGGUUUCAA